CGUAAACAGAGUGAUCCUCAUACAACUUGAAAACCCUUCAAAACAGUCCAAACUCCUAAAGCAAAAGGAAAGUAGAAACCAUCGGACUAGGGUUCGUUAUUGUACCGGCGAUGAAGCUUGCGGGCCUGAAAUCUGUCGAGAACGCACACGACGAGUCUGUGUGGGCAGCGACGUGGGUGCCUGCAACCGAGACUCGAUCGGCGCUGCUACUGACCGGGUCGCUGGACGAGACAGUGAGGCUCUGGAGAUCAGACGAGCUGGUCCUGGAGCGUACAAACACGGGCCACUGCCUGGGAGUGGCGUCGGUGGCGGCUCACCCGUCGGGGCUAAUUGCCGCCUCGGCUUCUCUCGACAGCUUCGUUCGGGUCUUCGACGUCGACACCAACGCCACCAUCGCCACUCUCGAAGCUCCACCCUCUGAAGUCUGGCAAUUGCGCUUCAAUCCCCAGGGUUCCACCCUAGCAGUUGCUGGUGGGGGUAGUGCAUCAAUCAAGCUUUGGGACACUGCCACGUGGGAUUUGGUUGCCACUCUACCUAUUCCUCGCCUAGAAGGUCCCAAGCCCUCUGAUAAAAGUGGCAGCAAGAAGUUUGUCCUAUCAGUUGCCUGGAGUCCUGAUGGUAAACGACUCGCCUGUGGCUCAAUGGAUGGGACCAUCUCUAUUUUUGAUGUUGCUCGUUCCAAAUUUUUACACCACCUGGAAGGCCACUUCAUGCCCGUGAGGUCUCUGGUGUACUCCCCUAUUGAACCACGGCUACUCUUUACGGGCUCAGAUGAUAUGCAUGUGCACAUGUAUGAUGCUGAUGGGAAAUCCCUGGUUGGAGCUAUGUCAGGUCAUGAAAGCUGGGUAUUGAGUGUGGAUGUAAGCCCAGAUGGUGCAGCUCUUGCAACAGGCUCUAGUGAUAGAACUGUGAGGCUCUGGGAUAUUUCUAUGAGGGCAGCUGUGCAGACCAUUAGUAAUCAUACAGACCAGGUCUGGGGAGUGGCAUUUCGACCACCAGGGGGGAGCGGUGUACGGACCGGUCGGCUUGCUAGUGUGUCAGAUGACAAGAGCAUAUCACUGUACGAUUAUUCCUGAAGUAAGUUGCAUGUGGAGAGAGUGCUGACAUCAAAGAUUUCUGUUGUUAUAAGAUAGGACUAACUUCUUAAGCUGCUGUUUCUCAUAUUGAUCUCAAGAAAAUAUUUGGUUUAUACUUGGUAUUUAAUUCUCUGAUUGACUUUA